ACCCUGCUAGAGUUCCAAAGAAGCAUUGGUGAGAAAGGAGAGAAUGCAGACCUAUGGAUUGGAUAUUGUGCCUUCCAUUUGGGAGAUUAUAAGAGAGCCAUGGAGGAAUACAAGGCCUUAACAGUGCAGCCUGAUUGUCCGCUCGAUGUAUGGGUGUACCUGGCCUGUGCUAUGUUUUUUCUGGGGCUUUAUAAAGAAGCUGAAGAGGCUGCUUCCAAGGCACCUGUGUCUCCUCUCCAAAACCGACUUCUUUUCCACUUGGCUCACAAGUUCAAUGAUGAAAAAAGGCUUAUGGGUUUCCACCAGAACCUCGAAGACGUCACUGAGGACCAGUUAAGUCUGGCUUCUAUUCACUACAUGCGCUCUCACUACCAGGAGGCGAUAGACAUCUACAAACGUCUUCUUCUGCAGAACAGAGAUUUCUUGGCCCUCAAAGUCUACGUGGCUCUGUGUUACUACAAGCUCGACUACUACGACGUCUCUCAGGAAGUGCUGGCUGUUUACUUACAGAGCAUCCCAGACUCUACCAUCGCCCUCAACCUCAAAGCGUGUAACCAUUUUAGGCUCUAUAAUGGAAAAGCCGCAGAAGCCGAGUUAAAAAAUCUCAUCGACAUCUCCUCCAGUUCGUUUGAGUUUGCUAAGGAGCUUAUUCGGCACAACCUGGUGGUGUUUCGUGGGGGGGAGGGGGCGCUACAGGUGCUGCCUCCUCUGAUAGACGUGAUCCCUGAGGCUAGACUCAACUUGGUCAUUUACUACCUCCGGCAAGAUGAUGUCCAGGAAGCCUAUAAUCUCAUUCAGGACCUAGUGCCAACCACGCCUCAGGAGUACAUUUUGAAAGGUGUUGUAAACGCAGCUCUUGGUCAAGAAAUUGGAUCAAGGGAAAACCUUAAAAUUGCUCAACAGUUUUUUCAGUUGGUCGGAGGAUCGGCGAGUGAAUGUGACACCAUCCCCGGGAGGCAGUGCAUGGCAUCGUGUUUUUUCCUCCUGAGGCAGUUUGAAGAUGUACUGGUCUAUCUAAACUCAGUCAAGAACUACUUCUUUAAUGAUGAUACAUUCAAUUUCAACUAUGCACAAGCUAAAGCUGCUCUUGGUAAUUACAAGGAGGCAGAGGAGGUUUUUCUGCUGAUUCAGAGUGAGAAGAUCAAAAGUGAUUAUGUGUACCUGAGCUGGCUGGCACGCUGCUAUAUAAUGAACCAGAGAGGCCGACAUGCAUGGGAACUCUAUCUGAAGAUGGGAACUUCCUCUGACUCCUUCAGUCUCCUGCAGCUCAUCGCCAAUGACUGCUACAAGAUGGGACAGUUUUACUAUGCAGCCAAAGCAUUUGAUGCCCUGGAAAAACUGGACCCAGGAUCAAACUAUUGGGAGGGAAAAAGAGGAGCAUGUGUAGGUGUAUUUCAGUUGAUACUGGCCAACAAAGAGUCCAAGGACACACUGAAAGAGAUUGUACCUCUGCUGCGUAAUUCAGGAAACCCUCAGGUUGAAUACAUCAUCCGAGCUCUGAGGAAAUGGGCGAAAGAAAACAGAGUGCACCUUGCAUGACGCUAACAGCUUUGUAUACUUGUUUUUGAACACUUACAUGUGGAACAAAGACAUUAUGCAUUUCAGUUUAAUGUCAUCAAAAGACGUUUUAUGUGUUCUAGGUUACUAAGCUGUGCUCGUUUUAC